CCAGCCACAGAGAUAAUUAAGGAAAUUGCGGUGCUAGAGUUGGAAGUUGUACAUCUGGAACACUAUCUUCUCUCAUUAUACCGAAAAGCAUUUGAACAACAAAUAUCGACAGUUUCCCCAAUUUCAAAGGAUAAGAGGUUAAAGUUGCCUUUGGAUACCCCAAGAGGCAGCUUCCUGGAAACUUCUAGACUUGAUACCCCUUCAAAAAAGGAAAACUCUGCCACUCUGUCUGGUUACCAGUCACUCAAGAAUCCAAUGAAGGAAUCUAGUGUUACUGGAAGAGAAGAGAAGCAAUUGGAUUCCAGUGUUCAUUGUUGUCACUCAUCUCUUUCUCAAUAUUCUUCAUCUUUUAUUACAACUCCUCUGGAAGACUCCAUGGCCAGAGCUGUACGUGCCUGCCAUUCUCAACCAUUGUCCAUGAUGGAGUAUGCUCAGAAUUCGGCAAAUAUAAUUAGUCUGGCUGAGCAUCUUGGGACUCGUAUUUCCGACCAUGUUCCAGAAACACCUAACAAGCUUUCUGAGGAAAUGGUCAGGUGCAUGUCAGCUAUACUUUGCAAGCUUGCCGACCCACCAGUGACAAACCAUGGCCUUUCAUCUCCUAGUUCAUCUUUAUCAUCAAUAAGUGCAUUUUCACCACAGGAUCAGUAUGAUAUGUGGAGUCCUGGAUUUAGAAACAAUUCAUCUUUUGAUGUGCGGUUAGAUAAUCCUUUUCAUGUGGAA